AUGCUGAGCUCAUCGGCUUUCAGAGGCAGACUAUGCCAGUCGGUGAGGACAGUCUACGGAGUUACCGAUGAAUCUCUCAUGCUCAUGGCCUUUCCAUUCUCCUUAAUGGAUACUGCUCUGGAAUCUCUCUACACACUACCUCCAGAUUCCAUAUUCUCAUGGGAACAGAUGCAAGAAACGUUCAUGCAGCGGUUCUUCCCCGCUAGCAAGACCCAGCUCCGAAACAACAGAUUAACUCAUUUUUGCAGGAACCUGAUGAAUCCUUACGUGAAGCUUGGGAUCGCUUUCAAGGAUACCAGAGAACAUGGAUUAAAGGAGGACACUCGGGUUCUUAUUCGAGUAGCAUGUGGAGGAAGCCUCAACGAAAAGUCCUUCGACUUCAUAGAGCAACAAAUCAACAAGAUGGCCAACGAGUGUGCUCCCUCUCACGAGUUUAUCAGAAACGUUAGCCUCAAAGACAGUCGUGCAGGUAAGGAAAGUCUAUCUGAAAUUCAUGCAUUACGUGCAGAAUUGGCAAAACUUAAAAUGCAGGUUGAGAAUGCCCAUCAGAUCUCAGAUUUAGACACAUCAGCCAACGGGUACAUGAUCGAAGAUGUCUACUACGUAGAUAACAACCUGUACUCGAAUGUGUACAAUCCGGGGUGGAAGAAUCAUCCAAACUUCUCGUACAAGAAUUCUUCCGACGUCUUGAAUACUCCCCUCGAAAAUUUUGGUGGUCCGGCUAAUCAGGGUCUUUCUCAAGGAUAUCAACCUCGAUCUCGAGCUGUCUCGCAGCAUCAGAAUCAAGCCAUUCAACACUAUCUAGCACCUCUUCAGUCUCAGCAGAAUUAUGCUCUUUCUCCGCCUCCACCACAGGUAGAUUCUGCCCUCGAUCUUAAAUCUAUGUUUGCACAGCUUAUGCAGGGUCAAGAAGCUAUUCGCACCGAGAUGCGUAAACAUCAACAAGAGACCGACACCCACUUGAAGCUUGUCGAUAACCAGUUGGCUCAACUCACAGCCUCUAUACCUUCGCGACCUCAAGGAUCACUUCCCGGGAAAUCCGAGACAAAUCCUAGAGAGCACUGCAAUGCAGUGUUCUUGAGAAGCAGGAAGCAACUUGAGGAUGUCGUCCCUCCUACUCCUGAAAAAGGUGAGUUUUCUUACUCUAGAUCUACGAUCACCUCUAACAUUCAGUCUGCAGAUACUCCAGUUAAGAUGACAUGUGAGGAAGAACCAAAGUAUGUACCUCCACCUCCCAGACCUCCUCUAGUUCCAUUCCCUUCACGACUUGUGCAACAAAAAGAGGCCAACCAGUUUAAGCGCUUCACGGAUAUGAUAAAGAAAUUGGAGGUCACAAUACCUUUUCAUGAGGUAAUCACUCAAAUGCCCUCUUAUGGCAAAUUUCUCAAGGAUAUUCUGGCUAGGAAGAAGACGAAGGAGAUGAGGAUGGAGUAG